UGGUCAAAUAGUGAGAGUGAACUGCAUUACGGGUUAUAUCGGCUUGUAAAAUUAAAAUGCGAAAAAGGAACAUGGAAGGAGUCUAUUAAGCGAUCAUGUGCAAAGAGGACAUGUGGUCAUCCAGGCGAUGAACCAAAUGCUGAGUUUAUACUUGCAGACGAGACAGAGUUUGUUUUUGGAGCAACAGUGGUGUACACUUGCAAGAAAAGGUAUUAUAUGACAAGCAAAAUCAAUUAUCGUACCUGCAAAAGUGAAGGAUGGAGCAAUACUGUCCUUGUCUGUGAGGAAGUAACUUGUGAGCUGAAGACAACUAAAUUAGGAGUAAUCAGCAUCUAUCCAGAGGGGAAAACUAUUUUCAAAGCUGGAGAGAAAGUGAUGAUUACCUGCUCUGAGAGACACUGGCUCAUUUUUACAAAAGAAACCAGCAAAUUAUUCACGUGCCUAAAUAGUGGAGAUUGGGAUCACAUGACUGAGUGUGCAGAGAUUAGUUGUGAAGUUCCACAUAAUCAGCAUGUGUAUUAUCCAAGCGGUUACUUUAGAAGAGAUUUGAGACUUGGAGUGAAAAAAACAUACAGAUGUGAGUCUGGAUAUCGUGAAACAGCAAAAGAAGCAACAUGUACACGAGACGGAUGGACACCAAACCCACUGUGUGCUGUUGCUUAUUAGUGUAGCGUGUCUGUACACGAAGACAACACAAGGAUGAGAUCCAGCCCUGGUUUUAAUCUGAUCAGUGAAUCGCAGGCGACAGAGGCACGUACAGG